AUAUUAUAUUUAUAAACCUGUGCUGAAGCCGACGAUUAUGUCCUCGACACCGUCACCAUCGACAUCAACACUUCUUAAGGGUGCUUCUGAUGUCAGUUUCGGCAACGUCCUCACCCAGAUGAUGCUCGAAGACAACGAUGUGCAAGGAAGAACUUCAUCAGUUGAAUUGAGCCCAGUGUUUUCUUUGGGUGGAAAUAAAUUUUUUAUCAUCGUAAAUGGUACCGGAAAAAUGUUAACUGUAACAACGCAGAGCAUUAUCAGUCCUAGCUUCUUCCUUGGUGCCAUCAGCGGUCUUUUGACACCUUCAUCUUGUGAUUUGAAUCCACCACCUGUUUUUCCGUCUCUUAUAAACACUUCGUCGUCAAUAUCUGUCAGCUCAUCAUCAUCGAAGCUUUCUUUCACUGACAAACGAGGUAAAGUUGGAUGCUUGUUACUUACGUAUAAAAAAUAUGGCAAA